UACCAGUUACAAUUUGCUUUAAAUUUUGAACUAAGUUUGUCAUGUUUAUUUUUUAUUAUUAUUAUAUUUUUUGAGACAUAGAAGUUAUUUCGCUCUUUCGGGUAGUACAGUUUCUGGGAAAAUCUAAACACCUGUGUAAGAAUGACGACAGCCAAAGCGUUGACUUCCUGGUUGCUCUGCUGUUAAAUGAGCCGCGUUUUCAGUUUGAUUCAUGAUACCACCACCAGGCGCACCGUAUACUGACAAAGAUUGCCACCCCACGCACGUCCUCACCUUUCCAGCCUAGCUCAGCGAUGCUGGGGUCAGACAAAUAAACAAACUCGAUCUGGAACAAAUUAAAGGGACCUAGCCGCAAAUCAACACCGAAAUGGCCAGGCGACUGUCGGAGAGACACCUUUGUGUUUUGUGCCUGGAGCGUCUGAGGUUGCCAAGAAUUCUUCCAUGUUUCCACUCAUUCUGCCUAGAGUGCCUGGAAAACUUGAUCACCAGCUGCUCUGGUCACGCUUUGCAUGCCCCACGUGCAGAAAGACUUAUGCUGUACCUGAAACAGGUGCACUGGGCUUUCAGAACAACUUUUACCUCGAAGAGGAUUCGGGUGAUGACGAAAAUAACGAGACAAACGUUGAAGACCUGUGUCCGCAUCAUACUUCAGAGCAUCUCCGCUUUUACUGCACGAGAUGCCGCGUGGCUGUGUGUAGAGACUGCAAACUGACCUCACACGAGGGGCACGUGACGGUGGACGUUGCUGAGGAGAUGGGACGGGUAAAGGAGGUGUGUAAUCGCGUGCAUGUGCACACACGUGAGGUACUUCUACCCGCACUUCACCAACACUACAGCUCUUUUGUAACAGCUGUGGACGCCGUUUCUAGUAACGCCAACGUCCAGCGUCUCAAAAUGGAAAUAACAUCGAGAGGUGAUGCCCUCAAGAAAGCUGUUGACGAAAGUGUCAAACAGUCCACGCAGGCUCUGGAGCAGGCUGCCAGUAAAAUCAGAAAAAACGAGGUGGUGGAAAAAAUGAACAAGCAAAUGGAAGACCUGUCAUGUUUGUGUGAUUAUUUCGACAUCGUCCUGUCCCAAACCGGUCAGAGAGAGGUUCUGUCUCUUCCGACUCACCUUGUAAAUUUUUUUCGCUCCGACAUCAACGACACUGAUGGCCUCGUUCAGAACCCACCGCUGUCGAGGCCUUUGCCAGCAAUGUCGUCGAAUGAUGACGGGCCAGCUGCCCUGAUUGAUCAACUGCUAAACACUUCUGAUCCUGCUUCUUUACCCAAUUUCAAGAUCUUUGCCACCCGACCCCCUGGCAUUGAGAUCGUCUCUUCUGCAGCUUCACCUGGCACUGGACGAGACGUCCCCAGCCCAGACAGCGCCUGCGUCAGUCAGCAGAUUGGCCUCCAACCUUUGAGGUCCUCCAUCCAAAACUACGUGGGCCACGUCCGCCUGGUCAUCGACAGGAAGGGCCAGGGUGUUACCCGGCACGUGGAUCCUGAUUGCGAGGCGAACACCGCUCGUCCCUUUGGGCAGCAGCGGAAGUUGUCGCUACCAAAUCCCAUCAACCUCAACAACAACAGACCGACAGGCGCGGCAGUUCUGAUCAGCAGCCGCAGAAUACCGUGACAUCCUCUGCAGCCUUCGAUCAUCCCGACGUGAAUAGAAGUUUGCAUUAUCCUCUUAUACCUUAAGAUAAUUGCAAAUAGAAAUCCUUAAUUGUAUAUCUACGAGCUUCACUAUGAGUGCUCUCCUUACUUUUCUCUCCCCACCCCCACACACACACAAACUCCCUUUCCUGGUAAGCGAAAUGUAUUUGUGGGUCUGGCUGACUUUUUUAAAGUUUACAUCUUUGCACUGCAAUUGAUCAGAAUUAUUUUGAAAAUUCCAUAAAUUACUUAAUUUUCAAAAUGAAAUAUUGAUGCAAACAUCUGUGCUAAUAAUGUUAUGCCUGUUCCUUUAGCGAUGGUUUCAAGGUAAAUGGUAGAAAUCACACUUUUUUAUAACCGUAAGGGAUGAUGCGGAAAAAUAAAAAGCCUAAAAAAUAAAGUUUUUUUAAAAAGAUGAGAGAAAUCAUGCUUUUGCUCCUGGUCAGCUGACCAACGAUAAUGCGCUCCCUCUCUCUUUCGCACCCCCAGGAGAAAACAUCGAUUUCACUUGUAACUGUGAAGGAAAAUGCAUGCAAAAAUGUCAGGCACACGACACUCAAGACGGAAUAACUGUAGGCUAACCUGACAAAUCAGUUAUUGUCCUCGUUGAAUAAGAAAUCACAUCAUCUACUGCUGUCCCUAUAGUGAUCUUACCAAGCUACAUUCUCUUUUCCUAAUCUUAUUUCGUCACGUACGAGGUGAAUAGUGAGGUAGCCCUGUGUCAACAAGCUUCUUCUCUACUUUUUUCUGUAUGAAACACUUCUCAGCCAAGCAAUAAAAGAUACAACUGUAUCCAGUUUGAGUUGUGGCUGAAUAUUGAUGGGUGUGAUGAUGAUUCCUUGAUAUGAUCAGAUGAUUUCAUAUGAAGAAAUAAAAGAUGCAGUACUAU